GGCCGCCUGCGUCCAGCACGGCCACCGACUGCAGGGCCUCCUGGGGCAGCUGGGAGAGGGGGACUCAGAUUCCGCACCCCCCGAUCAGAGUGAGAAACCCUAGUGGGGUAUGACCUCUUUACACCUGGCCGGGCUGUAUGAGGGGGUGGUUAGUUGGUGGGGGCCCGGACUGGGCGCUCGGGCUGCAGAGAAGCCCAAAGUGGUUUCUCGGACCCCAGUUCUUCAUCUAGAACCAGUUGUCUGGUGCCUUUGGGACCCGCCACCUUGCAGGUGGCCUGGGCCUUGUCCAUCAGCACAUCCCCAGGGUCUGGAGAGGCGCAAGGCCACGCACCCUGCACAGGGCGGCGGCGGCGAUGCCGGACCCCGCGGCGCACCUGCCCUUCUUCUACGGCAGCAUCUCGCGCGCCGAGGCCGAGGAGCACCUGAAGCUGGCGGGCAUGGCCGACGGGCUCUUCCUGCUGCGGCAGUGCCUGCGCUCGCUGGGCGGCUACGUGCUGUCGCUUGUGCACGAAGUGCGCUUCCACCACUUCCCCAUCGAGCGCCAGCUCAACGGCACCUACGCUAUCGCGGGAGGAAAGGCGCACUGCGGCCCGGCUGAGCUCUGCGAGUUCUACUCACGCGACCCCGACGGGCUGCCCUGCAACCUGCGCAAGCCGUGCAACCGGCCGUCGGGGCUCGAGCCGCAGCCCGGGGUCUUCGACAACCUUCGCGAUGCCAUGGUGCGCGACUACGUGCGCCAGACUUGGAAGCUGGAGGGCGAGGCCUUGGAGCAAGCCAUCAUCAGCCAGGCACCCCAGGUGGAGAAGCUCAUUGCCACGACAGCUCACGAACGGAUGCCCUGGUACCACAGCAGCCUGACGCGCGAGGAGGCUGAGCGCAAACUCUACUCGGGCUCCCAGACCGACGGCAAGUUCCUGCUGAGACCCCGGAAAGAGCCGGGCACGUACGCGCUGUCUCUGAUCUACGGGAAAACUGUGUACCACUACCUCAUCAGCCAGGACAAGGCGGGCAAAUACUGCAUUCCCGAGGGGACCAAAUUUGACACACUUUGGCAGCUGGUGGAGUACCUGAAGCUGAAGGCUGAUGGACUCAUCUACUGCCUGAAGGAGGCCUGUCCCAACAGCAGCGCCAGCUCAGAGGCCGCUGCUCCUACACUCCCCGCCCACCCGUCCACAUUCACCCAGCCUCAGAGACGGAUCGACACUCUCAACUCAGAUGGAUACACCCCUGAACCAGCGCGGUUAGUGUCCUCAGAGAAGCCGCGAACGAUGCCCAUGGACACCAGCGUCUAUGAGAGCCCCUACAGCGACCCCGAGGAGCUCAAAAACAAGAAGCUCUUCCUGAAGCGUGAGAACCUCCUCAUGGCUGACAUCGAACUUGGCUGCGGCAACUUCGGUUCAGUUCGCCAGGGCGUCUACCGUAUGCGCAAGAAGCAGAUCGACGUGGCCAUCAAGGUGCUGAAACAGAGCACGGAGAAGGCGGACAAGGACGACAUGAUGCGGGAGGCACAGAUCAUGCACCAGCUGGACAACCCUUACAUCGUGCGGCUCAUUGGAGUCUGCCAGGCUGAGGCCCUUAUGCUGGUCAUGGAGAUGGCCGGCGGCGGGCCCCUGCACAAGUUCCUGGUCGGGAAGAAGGAGGAGAUCCCCGUCAGCAAUGUGGCGGAGCUGCUGCACCAGGUGUCUAUGGGGAUGAAGUACCUGGAAGAGAAAAACUUUGUGCAUCGUGACCUGGCGGCCCGCAAUGUCCUGCUGGUUAACCGGCACUACGCCAAGAUCAGCGACUUCGGGCUCUCCAAGGCCCUGGGCGCCGACGACAGCUACUACACCGCCCGCUCAGCCGGGAAGUGGCCACUCAAGUGGUAUGCGCCCGAGUGCAUCAACUUCCGCAAGUUCUCCAGCCGCAGUGACGUCUGGAGCUACGGAGUCACCAUGUGGGAGGCCUUCUCCUACGGGCAGAAGCCCUACAAGAAGAUGAAGGGCCCGGAGGUCAUGGCCUUCAUUGAGCAGGGCAAGCGGAUGGAGUGCCCACCAGAGUGUCCCCCUGAGAUGUACAAGCUCAUGAGUGAUUGCUGGACCUACAAGUGGGAGGACCGCCCGGACUUCGCCACGGUUGAACAGCGCAUGCGCACCUACUACUACAGCUUGGCGAGCAAGGCAGAGGAGCCCGCCGCUUGUGGAAACGGGGUUGAGGCUGCGUGUCCCUGAGCUCCACCCGGCCCAGGGCCUGAGACCCCACGCCCCCAGCUUGUCCUCCUGUGCCCUCAGCUCUCUCCCGGGACCUCCAGGCUGGGCCCGGCUCAGUUUCUCUCUCGCCCACGCUGGUCUAGUAUUCCCAGCCCGGUCACCCGGCCCCUCUGGCUGGGGGAGGAAGCAAGACCUGGGGAAGAUGGUCCUGGACUGGAAUCUACGGGGGAGCCCUGAGCUGAGGGGGGUUGCUUACAGCCGGGACCCUCCUUCCUCUGGGUCCAGAAAGGCAGACUCUGGGAGUCCUCAGGCUGCGAGACCUGGAAUCAUUGGAAUAAACUCCAGCUUCUCCCUUGUUUGUGAUCCCUCAUCUUUCUGGGGUGGGGCUGGGAGGACCAGGAAAGGGGUCCUUGAGAAGUGCCUGAAGCAGCUGUUUUUGUGUGGGUCUGGGGAGCUGGCUUUCCCACCCCUCUGCCCUGGGAACAUGUUCAUGUGAGCCUAGGGGCUGAGGGGCCAGGGGCAUUGCUGACCCCAGCUUCCCGACCUUCGGCGUGAAACAGGCGCUGCCCGUGUUCGCUGCGUGUGAGCCAUCACCUGCAGAGACUGAAACACCCUGCUGGCACCUCCCCCGGCCACGCCCCAAGACUGAAGCGACUUAGCGGCGGCGGCGGCAGCAGCAGCAGCAGGUGAUUCCAGCAUUCCGUUCGGCCUACUCAGCUGCCUCUCCUCUUCCCUGGGUCCAGGCAGUAGCAGCUGGGACUCUUUAUCAACCUGAUGCCCCGUGUGCGGACUCAGUCCCAGCUCAAUCCCGCUCCAGAGAAGACCCAUCUCCAGGCCCUCGCUGCCUCAGCUUCCCCGCGCGGAGAUUUGGGGUGCUGGAGCUCAGAAUCCGCCCGGGUGCGUGAAACAGAGCCAGGUCCCUGUCUGUCUUUUCUGGACUCACUCCCCCUCAUCUUUAGCUGAAGUUGGCCCCUGGCUCAGUUCCCUGGCCUCAAAGUGCGGAGGGCUCCAGGGCGGCCAUGUAUCCCCCUCAAAACCAGGGAGAGGCCAGGAGAUUUUCUGCGGCUUCGGGGAAGAUAGAUUUUCUUUCUUUUUGUUUGUGGAGCUCUAGAAAGUCAGGUUUUUUUGUAGAACUACAGUGUGCCGGUGGGGGUCUUCAGGAUUGUGUGGAGGCUGAGCACAAGACCUGGGUGGGGAGGUGGGCAGGGGGCACCCAGGAGGCGGCCCCAGAACCUUGGUGAUGUGGGUGCAUUGUCGAAACCAGGAAAUUGAUGUUGGGAUUAUUAACUUAGGUAUAGACCUCACUCUGAUUUUUACCGCUUAUGGAGUUGUAAUGAUUUACGUGUGAGCUUCAUGUUAGCAUACUCUUUCAUGAGCUUUGCAUUCUACCUGCAAAGUAGUUGAGAGAACUCCCAGUUUUACAGUCAACUCCAGACACACAAACUCUCAGCUCUGUGUUUGUUUGGAGAGUAAAUCUGUCAUCGUUUGGAAUUGUUUGAGGGCUCCCAAGCCCUGCCAGACUGUAUCUUCCUGCAAGGAUUGACAGCAGACAAGGAGAGCGCAGCAAUUGUCAAGAUAAAGACACAAACUUGAAUUACCUCCAUUUUGUCAUUUUGUGCAGCCACUUGGAGAUUUUUAUUUGUCUUUAAAGCUGUGAAGGCUUGCAAACCAUGCGAUACAGUCUUUUAUUUGGUAAAUGUAUAUAUUAGUUCAUAAACUGUAUUACUGACUAACAUCAUUAAAAUGCAAAAAUUGUUUAAUUUUUCAAAUGAAUGAGCAAAUGAAAAAAGUUACAUCAAUAGCGCUGUUUUGUGGCUUCCCAAGGUACACUGUUUGCCGGUAUUUUAGUUUUAUUAUUUGUUUACUUGUUAUUCCUGGAUAAUUAUUUACAUUGUUACAUAAAGUAUUAUAUCACAAGGGAAAACA